CCUGUGGCUGUGAGCCAGGGAGCACCAGGAGUGUGCAGCUGGAAAGGCCCUUUCCCCUGCCCUGCCUGUCUCCUGCAAGGCUUCCUUCAAAGUGGCCAGGCCAUUCCCACGUGCCUGCCUGGCACACCCAGCUCACGUCCUUGCCAUGAGCCCUGACAGAGCUGUGUUGUUUCUCAGGAUCCUCAGCCAUAACCCGCUGGCUGUCAUUGCCGACGCUGCCUUCUUCAAGCUGCCCUCGGUGAGCUCUCUAGACCUGAGUGCCACCCAAGUGAGUCCGCAGACGCUGCUGCUGCUCCUGCAGACCACACUGAGCUUGGAAACUCUCCAAGUGCCCAAGGAGGUGGCCUGCUGCCUGUGCCAGGAGCGUCCCCGCCACGAGAGCCCCUGCAGGACCAUCCAGUUCCUCUGCCAGAGGCUGUGCAGCAGCAGCGCCCCGCAGUGCGCUGACACAACUCUAGUACAGACACGAGGAGAAAUAGCAGACAUGGAACAACGCAGAGAGCUGAAUCCCAGCCCAGUGUUGAGCCUCAAGCCCAAGGAGUCCUCACUGGGAGAUCAUGGAACUGUAACACUUUCGGUUGCCCUGACCCUGAGCACUGAGGGUGAUGUCAGCAGCCUGGACAAUUCCAGAGCAAAUUCCUAUCCCUCUCAGCACCUCGUGGGACACAAAGGCAAAAGAAGCAUUGAUGAGCUGAGGGCCAAGCUGAAGAAGAAGCUGCACAGGUCUAAAAGCAUGAAGACCGUGAAAAGUGUUGUCCCACACCAGCCCCAGCCUGCCAAGCUGAAGGAUGUGGAGGAAAAGACACCCUCAAGCUGGGAUCGAGGAGAGAGGAAGUCACGUUUGUUUUGGCAAGGAUUAAAGCCCUCGCAUGGAGCUGGUGUAUUCAACCCUUCUGACCAUGCCUCUAUCACUGGACACCACAGAGAUGAGGAGGAUGUUCCAACUCCCAGGAAGAAAUACCUCAGGACACACAAACGGCACAAGAAGGAGGACAGCAAGGAUUGGGUUGGACAUAAUCAGCCUUUCCCCCAGGUUUGGAGACCUGUGAAAGUGGAGCGAAAGCCCGGAGCUGAGCACGGUCUCAACAGGAACCUGGAUUUUCUCUCUGACCCACUGGUUCAGAGCCACUCUGCUGUGAGCAGCAGAGGAAGGGCCACGGAGGAAGAGGAGCAUUCCUCUCUAGGCAAGCACACCUUUGUCAUCCCUGACAAGAAAGAGGUGGACGACUCCGUGCUCCUCAAUAAACGGGGGAUUUUCCAAAGUCCAGACCCUGCGCCAGUUCUAAAAGAACUCUUGGAAACCACGGCCCAUCAUCACCAGCCCUUGCAAGAGCCAGACAAAGGCCUGCAAACGUUCAUGGCCCACAUGGAGAAAGCCCUGAGGACGGACUGCAGCCUGCCCCAGCUCAAGAAGGCCUGUGCCAAGAUGGUGUUGAAGACCAGGCUGCUUGUAAAGGUGCUCAGAGAGAGGGAAGAGAACCAGGGAGCCUCUGAUGGCAUGGACCAGUGUUUUCUGCAAGAGAACAUGAUCAUUCACAUGGCCUUGGAGGGGGGCGAGAAACUCCAAGGGAAGAAACUAGAGGCUGUGGUGUACGGGAUCGCGUUUGUGGUUUUGCUGUUUUUCUUCAUCUUUGUUUUGCUGAUACUGGAGUGUGUCCGCCACAGCAGCAGGUGA